ACCGAGGGUGUACCCUCUACGGCUAUAAGAGAAAUUUCUCUGUUAAAAGAUUUGAAACAUGACAACAUAGUGCAAUUAUUUGAUGUUGUAGUGGCCGAUGCUAGUCUGUAUAUGGUGUUUGAAUAUCUCAAUAUGGAUUUGAAAAAGCUAAUGGACAAAAAGAAGGAAGUAUUUACAGCGAAAUUAAUAAAGAGUUACAUGUUCCAAAUGUUUGAUGCUAUUGCAUUCUGUCAUACAAACCGUAUAUUACACAGAGACUUGAAGCCACAAAAUUUACUGGUAGAUGCUGCCGGUAAUAUUAAGUUAGCUGAUUUUGGUUUAGCCAGAGCCUUUAACAUGCCCAUGAGAGCCUACACCCAUGAAGUGGUUACAUUAUGGUAUAGAGCUCCGGAAAUUCUGUUGGGUACCAAAUUCUAUGCCACUGGCAUGGAUAUAUGGAGUUUAGGCUGUAUAUUUGCAGAAAUGAUAAUGCGACGCUCUUUAUUUCCUGGGGACAGUGAAAUUGAUCAAUUAUAUAGAAUAUUUCGUACUUUGGGUACACCAGAUGAAACAACUUGGCCUGGUGUAUCCCAAUUACCUGACUACAAAGUAAAAUUCCCCAGAUGGGAAAAUACAAAUGUGCCAGAAAUCGUAGCUAAACAUGAAGCCUUUGAUCUCUUUAAAGCUAUGAUGGUUUAUGAUCCCAAUGAAAGAAUAUCGGCUAAAAAUGCCAUGCUACAUACAUAUUUUGAUAACUUAGAAAUUAUAAAACAAGUUGACUUGCCUAAAGAAACAUGACUUAGUUAAGAACUUUUCUCAACCUCGCAUUUUUCCCUAGUUGCAUUUAAAUAAAAUUAUUAUUUUUACAUACAUAUACCUAUGAAUACUAAAUGUAAGUAGAGUUAUUUUUUUUAGAACAAAACUAUUUAUCAACUUGUUAUAGUUAUAUAAAUAUAAACUUUUUAAUGCUUUUACUAUUAAUAUUUUUAUAGAAUUUCAAGAAUAAAUAUAAAAAAUUAAAA